UCCUUUGAACGGCACUCCCCACGCCGCACGCAGCCGCACCCCUUCCAUCACGAGUAUCUCAGACACCGCCUCCGUCCUCACAGCGGACACGGCCCUAAAAUCCUCCAAAAGGGGCGAAAGUGGACAGCGGUCUCGACAGGGUUCUGCGGCGGUCGUGGAGAAGUUUCUUUCCCCUCCACCGCUGCGGAAAAGGAAGGAUGACAAGGGCGAGAAGAUCGAGGCGCCUGGAUCGGUUGCCGUGCCUUCGCAGGAAGCGAUGAGACGCGUGAGGCAUUUUGCGAGCGUGUGCAAGUUCACGGCGUCGACGGUGGAUGUCUUUUGGAGUAUGGUUAUUGAGAUGUGCCUCGAUGCUGAGAUCGGAUCUGGUGACCUACCUCGGUCUCCUUCAAAUGGAUCUAGGAAUCUUACAGCCAACAGAUUUCGCCAACCCCAACGACUACACCUGCUGGAAGGAUGAAGAGCGGGCAGCGGUGCAGAGGAUAGUCAGGGAGAACGGCAAUGCCGCGACAUUGCACGACGCAGAUAAGCAGGGGAGCGUGUUGGUCUCGUUGCAUGUGAUGGAAGCGAGGAACCUGUUGUCGAAGGACGCGAAUGGAUCGAGCAACCCGUAUUGUGUGAUUACGCAUAAUGGGACGACUUAUACGAGCGAAUGCGUUGAUCGGAAUGUGAAUCCGGCUUGGAACUUUAGGAUCUCUCUGGCACUUCACGAAACAGACAGUCCCAUCACACUGAGCGUCUGGAAUCGAACAUCAGACGUCAAAGUCCCCCGUCGCGAAGACGCCUUCCUCGGCCUCCUCACAUUCACCUCCACCGACCUGAUCUCCCAGUCCUGCACUUCCCCAUUUCAAAAAGAGCACAUCCUAGCCAAGCGCUCCUCCCGAAGCCACGUCAGUGGGCACGUAACCCUCUCCGUCGAACGUAUCGUUGCCUCACCUGAUCUCGCACAUGUGUAUGCAACCGCAUUACGAUUCAUCCCGCCGCAACCGAGAGCGGCGUAUAAGGACUUGGUUGGACGGAUUGUGGAGUGGAGUGCGGGUAGAUAUGAUGGCGGACCGUUUUUGUGCGAGGAGAGUGGGGCGAUUUUGGCGGAGGCGGCGGUUGUGUGGAGGGUUAGCGAGUUUACGAGGAGUGUGAUAUACCUGGAAGCGUUGGCGACUGUGUUUCCGCAAGGAGUUCUCCCGGCUACAGUGCUUGACCACGAGGGAUUCGAGCCCGCAGACCGACUGUCCAAAAGCAUCCACAUCAUUCCUACGUCCGACCUCGCAGCCUUCCAACAAUUAUGCAGAACCCUCUACGAGAUUCUCAUCCACCAACUACGGACCUUCUUCAAUCACCCCUUGACAUCCUCCCGCGCGCAGGAUUUCAGCGCAAUCAUCCACAUGCUGGCCAGCCUGAACGACAACCAGCUAGUCCAUCUCUCGGAUGACAACGUCGAACAUACCGUCAAAGCCCUACUACUGCAAGCCCUAGAAUCCCGCUACUACAGCCUGCACGCCAUCGCCCACACCCCUUCUCCCGCCACCCCCAUCGACCCCAUCGUCCUCCUCACCCACGCCAUCGAAACAGAGCUCACGUCCUACGACACCUACCUCGACACCCUGCACUUCAACUACAUCCACGUCCCCGAUAUGGCUGCCAAGAUCUUUUUUGAUAAGAUCGUACCGGAUAUUGUUGGGUACACGUCGAGUGCGGCGCAGAGGAGGGAGUUUGCGGCUAUCUUUGAGCUUUAUGCGGGGGUUUGUGCGCUCAAGGGGAUUUAUGAGAAGGUUGAUUUCAAGUUGGCGGACAAGUUUAUGCUGACGGAAUGGUUUGGCCCGGGGUUGAGUCAGUGGGUGGACAUCUCAGAAAAGAAGUUUACAGAAUGGAUGCAGAACGCAGUCAACCUCGAUGACUACAAGCACUCAUCACCGACGGUGCUCUACUCGUCUUCCGUCCUGGAUAUGUUCACCUCGUUUCAGCAACAGCUGGAUUUCGUCCUCAAUCUCAAUUGGCCGGAUAGGGAGCAGAAGAGCGCUGUACUUAUGCGGUUGGUCGAGGCGAUCUCUGACACGCUGGAACGCUAUAUCGACCUGGUAUUGAGAAAGAUAGUCACAGACCUGGCCCGCUACAAAGCGGGCGAUCCAACACGACGGCUGCAGUCUGAGGCGGAUCAAGCGCAGAAGAAGAAUAAGAUGAAGCUGAAGUUUGGUAAAUCGAAGAAGGGCGUGGGGAUUGAUGCGUCUGAGAUUAGGUUGCCGACGGAGGCCUGCGUCAAACUGCAGAACAUCGAGGUUCUGCCGUCCCUGUUUGCAUCACUCUGCACACGAAUCUUCAACCAUCCGCCGUCAGAUCCCGACUCACCCCCACCCGUCCCGCCAAAAGACGGCACCCCCUUCCUCUCCUCCCGCCUCCACCUCAUCGCCAACAUCCUGCACAUGGACAACCCAACCUUCACGCGCCCCUACUGGACCCAACUCCUUCUUCGCAUCCGCUUCAAUGGACGUGAGGUCGGCCAAACGAAACCAGCGAACCAAUCCACCCACGUCGUAUGGGACCAGAAAAAGCAGCUAUCGACCGGUGACCUCCCCUCUCUAUCCGACACGUACGGCAAUGCCUCGCAAACCAGUAUCACCCGCGAAGACCCCGCCGACGGUCUACCCCGCUUCUACAUCCUGCCCGCAGCCUCAGCCGCAUCAAUGGAUCUGGAGAUCUGUCUCCUGCAUCGCAUUCCCGGGUUGCUGCAGGAUAAGGAUUACAUGUAUGCGCGUGCGCUCGUGCCCGGUGGGGAGUGGGUGGGCAAGACGGUGCUGGUGAAUUUGGCGGAUGGGAAGCAGGUGUGCUUGAGGGGGGAGGUGAAGGAUGGGGUGGAGUUCUUGAGGGAGAGGGUUAGGAGGGAUGCGAGUGUGGGGUUGAGGAAGGGGAUUGCGUUGUUUGCUGAGCAGCUGACAUACGACUUCCGACCGAGCCUCAAAACACUGUCAAAAACCCACAAAACCACAACACUGUCCAGCACAAAACUGCACUCAGUCUUCAGCAAACUUAACGACAACGUGCGCAACAUCAAAGAAGGCGCCAAAUUCUCUUCCUCCUCACACGCAUCGUCACCCACAUCAGCCUCCCCACAACCCAACAAACCCGACAUCGAAACCACCCUCACAACCCUCCUCGGCUACAUCAACUCCAACCUCCAAGUCCUCACCGACAGCAUGACCCCAGACGUCGCCAUGCUGGUCGUCAAAGGCACCUGGGACCGUAUCCUGCACAUCAUCGAAUCCAUCGUCGUUCCCCUCGGCGACGACGAAGAUUCCACCGCUUCCAAUCCCACCAACCGUGCCACCCCAACCCCCACCCCGCCUUUCCCAACCCCCACGGGCUUCCGCGGCCUCCCCACCAAAUUCUCCUCCGCGUCGCUCGCAUCCAUCAGAUCGGAUACCUCGACCUCGUCAAAUUCCUCGUCGUCGCCGCAUACGACCAUCACGCAGGACCCUGGCCGGAUCACGUUCCUCGUCGCCGCGUUGGAGUUCUUGACGGCGUGGUUUGCAAGUGAUGGGGAGGGGUUGCCGCCUGCUAUGCUGUACACGGGGAAAUAUAAGGAUGUGAGGAAUACGUUGGAGAAUUGUCAUUUGAGUAAGAAGGAGCUGAUGCGGCGGUGGGCGGGGCAGGGUGAUGGGAAGGGUAGGGGGAGUGCGGGGGUGGAUGAGAGCAGUGAUUGGUUGUUGAGGCUUAUUAGGAGUAAAGGCGGUAGGGAGUUUGUGGAGGAUGUUUGGGCUGAGAGAGUUCGGCGGUAGACGUAGAAGAACAUCACAUAUCGAGUUUCAGCAGUGCAUUGGAUGUUGGCGUAUAUGGGCAUAGACAUGGGAUGUAGUAUCUUGAUCUCGAUCGUAUAUACAUAAUAACACUGCAAGG